AUGACUCCAUCGCCGCUCGCCUCUCCGAGUUCGGCCCGCGGUGGUACGCCGUCGGCCGUCCCGGACUUUUAUCGCGCUCCGCUGGAUGCCUCGGGCGGCGCGUGGUACUCGGCCAAGGGUCACGAUCUGGAGGCCGACGUCGAGCUCUUUGCCACACAUGGCAAGUUUGGCCACUCGCCGGUUGUGGCCGUCUUUGGUGCUGAUCGUCCCGGUGGCGAGUCGGCCGACGACGUGCCCAUAUUUUCCGACUCGACUCGCGCAAAGUCGGCCUUUCCCUCGCGAACCGAGUUGCAGUCGCGGCUGCGGUCAGAGUCGCCGAGUGCACACGAGCACGAUCGGUCUUCCCGCAGCGACCAUGACCAAAAGCCUACCGCUCGGGUCUCGGCUUCGCUCUUUGGCGAUCUGGAGCAAGAGACACGUCAGUUUGCGGUGGCUGGCAUCGGCUCGCCGCGCGCCGAGUCGCUCUUUGACGCCUCAUCCAUCACCGCGGCUGCUUCCUCUGCCGCGGUUGCUCCGCCGUUGGCAUCCAGCUCGUCCCCGCGCGCAGCUGCAGCGACACCAGCGCCAGUGGCCGGUGUGCGCUCGUCGCCGUCGCUCCUCUCGCCGUCGCGGCUGUUCACGAGCUCUGCCUCUGCCAGCCCACUCUCGAUCUCGAGCGCAUCUCCGUCCCGGCUAUCGGCCAUGUCGACUCGGCGGGCGUCGGUCUCAUCGCUCUUCUCGCCGCCCAAGGUCCCAUCGCCGCCGACCAUGGCGUUUGGCCCGUCGCGGCUGCGGGCGCCAGCGCCAGCAACCUGGAUCCGUGAGACGACGGCAGCUGCUGCCGCAAGCCGCACUCCGCCGCCUGCCCGCGGCAUCGCGCCGCUCUCGGCGCACACCACCUCGCCCAACUUUCCGUUCCCAUCCGGUCCAUCGACCGGUUCGGCCUCGAUCCCGCUCCCGCCGUCAAUGACCACGACGUACGGAAGCGGCUCGUCGCUCAACCGCAACUCGAUCUCCAACCUCUUCCACACCGCCCACGCUCAGCAGGAUCUCGGGCUCCGCAGCGUGCCGCCGCCCGCACUUGCGCCGCACGUCCCUGUCAGCCACCAUACCCACGUCGAGCAACGUCCUGUCGCCGCACCAAUGUCUUCAGCACCGGCGCCACCAGCAGCGCCGGCCUCGCCGCCGCUACGGACCCAGCCGAGUGUCGUCAACGUGGCACCGUCGCCGUCGCUCGUCGCCGCCCGCCCGCUCCAGCCGGCUGCCCUCGCCCACUCGUCUGGCCCGGAACUUGUGGCCUUUCCAUCGCUCGAGGAGCUCAUGUCCGCCCGCGGCAUCUCGCUCUCUGUGACUGACGGCACUCUCCGCGACAUGGACCUCAACAAGCUUCUUGUCCGCCAACUCAAGGCCAUUCUCGACGUCCGCGGCAUUGGCUAUGGCCCCCGCGACCGCAAGGCCCAGCUCGUCAACCUCCUCUCUGCUGCCGUCAACACCGGCGAGUCCGGCCCGGCUGAGCCAGCUGAGCCGGCUGAGCCUGCCAAGUCGACCGCCAAGCGCAAGCGAAGCAGCAGCAACAACAGCAACGGCAACAGUGGUCCGGCGGGUGAUGCUCGCAAUGCAGGCGAUGCGGGCGAUGACACGCCGGCCGCCAAGCGGUCAAAGGGUCUGGCGGCCGAGGAGGCGGACGCAAAGAGCUCGCCUGCUGGCAGCUCGGGUAGCACGGGUGCGUCUGCGCAAGGGGAGGAUGCGGAUGAAGUGGGGACGGUGCUGCGUGUGGUCGGUGUGGACGAUGCGGGCGUCGGGCUUGUGAUGCGGGUCUUGCGAUCGCGGCCGGUGCGGAGCGUGUGGAAGUCUGAGCUGUUCCCAGACCUGUCACGGGUGCUGGUGGCCGACUACGCCGCGAGCGACGACGCGGCGGCAAUGGCGAGCCUGCUGCAGCAGGAGAAGCAUGCGGCGCUGCCGCUCGGUGAGGUAGUUCAUGAGACUGGGCGUGGGACACGGGCGGUCAUCGCCGAGUGCGGGCAGAGCCUCCAGACGGCGCGGGCAGCAAGCGCGGCGCUGGCCAAGACCGCCGGAGCGGCAACAAUGGCCAACGCUGACGUGUACCUCGUGACCAAGACUCAGCCUCCGCUGCGCUGGCUGCCGCUCUCGGACGAGCUCGUCGCCGUCAAGAAUACGCUCCGGCUGCAGUCGCGCCGUCGAUGA